AUGCCUAUCACCAACAAGGAGGCUGCGCCCGGCGCUGCCAUGAAGGCAGAAAUCGAGGACUACACCAAGGCCCUCGAGGUUGUCAAGACCUAUACCACUAAGGAUGGUCUGGAUGUUGACACUCUUCUGGACUCCGAUAAGCACGGCGCUCUGACUUACAAUGAUUUCCUUGUCCUGCCCGGUUACAUCGGCUUCCCUGCUUCUGAUGUUACCCUGGAAACUCCUGUCACUAAGCGUAUUACGCUUAAGGCCCCCCUUGUGUCCUCCCCUAUGGACACUGUCACUGAGCACAACAUGGCUAUCCACAUGGCCCUGCUCGGUGGCCUCGGUGUCAUCCACAACAACUGCGCCCCCGAGGACCAGGCCGAGAUGGUCCGCAAAGUGAAGAGAUACGAGAACGGCUUCAUCCUGGACCCUGUCGUUCUGUCUCCCAAAGCCACCGUUGGCGAGGCCAAGGACCUCAAGGCCAAGUGGGGUUUCGGUGGUUUCCCUGUCACUGAGAACGGCACUCUCCGCUCCAAGCUAGUCGGUAUGGUCACCUCUCGUGACAUUCAGUUCCAAGGCGACCUCGACGAGCCUGUCACUUCUAUCAUGGCCACUGACCUGGUCACUGCCCCUGCUGGCACCACUCUAGCUGAGGCCAACAGCGUUCUCCGCAAGUCCAAGAAGGGCAAGCUGCCCAUCAUUGAUGACAAUGGAAACCUUGUCUCUUUGCUGUCCCGCUCCGACUUGAUGAAGAACCUUCACUACCCUCUGGCUUCCAAGCUCCCCGACUCCAAGCAGCUUAUUUGUGCUGCCGCCAUCGGUACUCGUGAGGAGGAUAAGACUCGUCUCAAGCAUCUCGUUGAAGCUGGUCUUGACAUUGUCAUCCUGGACAGCAGCCAGGGUAACAGCAUGUUCAUGAUCGACAUGGUCAAGCACAUUAAGAAGACCUUCCCAGAAAUUGAUGUUAUCGCCGGUAACGUUGUUACCCGCGAGCAGGCCGCUUCUCUGAUUGUCGCCGGUGCCGAUGGCCUGAGAAUUGGCAUGGGCAGUGGUAGCGCUUGUAUCACCCAGGAAGUUAUGGCUGUUGGCCGUCCCCAGGCUGCUGCCGUGCGUAGCGUUUCCAACUUCGCUGCUCGCUUCGGUGUUCCAUGUAUUGCCGACGGUGGUGUCCAAAACGUUGGUCACAUUGUCAAGGGUCUGGCCAUGGGUGCCAGCACUGUCAUGAUGGGUGGUCUCCUUGCCGGUACCACCGAGUCUCCUGGCGAGUACUACGUCAGCAAUGAGGGUCAGCUCGUCAAGGCCUACCGUGGUAUGGGCAGUAUUGCCGCCAUGGAAGACAAGAAGGCCGCCGGUACCAACAAGGACAGCCGUGCUAGCAACGCUGGUACUGCCCGUUACUUCUCCGAAAAGGACCGCGUUCUGGUCGCCCAGGGUGUCGCUGGUUCCGUUCUGGACCGUGGCUCCGUCACCAAGUUCAUCCCCUACCUUUUCGCCGGUGUCCAGCACUCUCUGCAAGACAUUGGUGUCCAGAGCCUCCAGGCUCUCCACGAUGGCGUCAACGCCGGCGAUGUUCGCUUCGAGAUGCGCAGCGCCAGUGCUAUGACCGAGGGUAACGUCCACGGUCUGCACAGCUAUGACAAGAAGCUUUACUCGUAA